AUAGUUGUAUACUCGACAUCAUCCAUAUUAUCCGGCAUUUUUCGAGUCGAUAACGUGCCAGGUAAUUUAUGUAGAAUGGAGUCGUAGGACAAACGGCCCAUUUACUAAUCACCGUCGAACAUAUUCCAUCUACCGGGUAAUAUGGCAAGCCCAUUCCUAUCCCCUUGCCUGCCUUUCGCAAUUAUCCGUUUGCAGCUCAGUAUAUGCCGAAGCGUAGAAUAUUGCGUGCUCGACAUCAGCGAGUACACGUUCGUCGUAGCUACUAGAAGAACCUAUCCCCCCCGCUUGGAAUAAGACGUACCUGCUACCGAGAGAAAAAGCGAAACUGCCAUGAAGGUGUCAUUGCUUCACUCCUCUAUAGCUACGGCUAUCCUCGCGCUUGCGCAAUCCGCGCCCGCGACCAUCCUAACCAUCCUCGGCAUCCGCGGAGCCAAUUCCGCUGGCUGCUUCUCGGCGACGAGCAUGAGCCUCGCACUCAAGGCCGAUAGUCUGAAAUUCGACUUUGCGGACAUGAGGGCUAGCGUCACUCCAGCGGACCCAUACGACUCGGAGGCUGCGAUAUGCAUCAUGUCCAUCGAGCUCGGCGCAUUUCCUCAAGGGUGGCGCUUCGCCUUCUCGGACGUCUCGUAUACGGGGCACGCGAAACUUGCGGGAGGCGCGCGCGUGCAGAGCUUCGCGGCUAAUUCGUACUUCCAGUGGGAGCAUCUGAAGAAUAACGGGUCGAUUGACGAUCCUACGGUCAAGAACGCCUCUGGAUCGUAUUUGAUGGAUGUCCCGGAGAAGGUCGUGAAUUUCGGCGCAACGGGAGCGUACGAUAAGGACUUCAAAGUCGACAUCCGGAACGACAAGUUAACCUGGUCGCCCUGUUUCACCGGUCAGGAAUACUCGUACAACGAUAAGAUGCAGGUCCAGUUCCAGUUCCAGGCCUAUCUGACCAAGGAGGGCUUCCCUAAAACCGGAAGCGGCGUCUUCGGUCGUCCUGUUGGUUCUGCCCUGACGGCGGACUUCAAAAUCGUCUGGGAGCAGUGUGAUCCCGCGCAGAGGAACGCCUGGGGCCAGUUUAGAAUGGGCGAUUACGAGUCUUGUGAACGUGUUGGUCCCGCGGAUAGUUCGGACGGACAGCCUACUGUAAGGUGGUAAUCCGUUGCUGGGGCUCAUUCCCUUUUCGCAUCGGGCAUGAUCGUAAGGCACAGGAAUAGUUUAAAUUAGGUAGGUACGUUGAUGGAGGUGAUA